AUGCCUUUCGUCAGACAAAAUCACAUCAAUUCUGUUCGACCACCGUUCAUUGUUCGACCAGCGACUGUAUGCCUUUGGGCAAAUGGAGUCCAUACGUCCAGCGACGCAAGAGCGAUUCUGUUGUCCAAUCAUCCAGAGCUCAGUGACCAGAAAGCCAGAAAGCGCGUCGUGUAUCAAUAUUAUGAUCGAUGUGCAACUCUAGGUGUAUCCCAGAGUACCAGAAUUCAGAACUUCCGCCUCCAUGGGCUUCAGCUGGAACAUUUCAUUCGUCUGAAGCUCGACGCUACAGCAGCCCUCAUCUUGGAAGACGAAUCCUCCAGGAAGCUGUCCAAACAGUACAGGGAGUGCGACGCUUGGUUGAAAAACAACGCACCGAAAGCCGAGAACAUGUACGAGGCAGAGAGAAAUGCUGUACUAGCACGGUAUCCCAAGCUUGCGACAGCGGCUGUAAGGGAAGCCAUCUUGAACCAAUACGAAGUUGAAAGUGAGAAGGUUCUGGUCCCGAGGAGCGAAAAAGCUGAAAGCGAUCAAGCAAGAGAAUUUGCCGCAGACGUCUCACAUGAUGAGAAGCGUCACUUUUGUGAACUGGCGCUCCAAUACGUCGUGAUACAUUUGAUUGACAAUCCCAUUACUACUGAGGAUGCACUCGGAAAGUGGAAGGCCGACUAUAAACAAUGUCAAGACACCCUUGCGAAGAUCUUACUGAUCACAACCAAGGAAGAAAAAGCAGAGGUUUUGAAGGAAUAUCCCGACCUUGAGGAUCUUGAUGUCUGUCGCAGAACGAUUAAUGAACAUGACAAGCUAAGAAAGACGUUGAUAGAAAGAGAAGAGCAAGGAAUCAAGAUCUCUAGCAAAGAGUACGAAGAAUCCUUGAGGUCGACAUUGAAGGCAUUGGCUGCAACAGUGUUCCUGCCUGGUGGUGAUAAUGUCGAGCGCAGAAACACAAGACGAAAACAGCGUGAAGCUCUUCUAGCCGAGAUGAACGUCAAUCGAGCAGCGAGCAAGAAAGGAGGCGGGUUUUGGAUCAUUCCAGAUCCUACUUGGAUUGGCGAGUGUAUUGGUUUUAUAUAG